CAAAAUACUGAUACCUAGGUUAUACGAUAAUGUUUUUAUUAAUUUUUUCGAAAAAACAAGCAAAAAAAGAAAUAUUUAAACAAUUAUGACUUAAACUGACCGUUUUUCUGUCAUUUGAAGUGUCACAAAUAUUUACUUUCAGUUUUACAUUUGUGUAUGUCGUUAUUAUCAUGGUCUGUUUAACAUGUGCAAUUUUUUAUUGCUGAUUUGUUUCUGGUUUGUGUAAUAAAUAAAUUAAGGUAGGGCUCAUAUACUUUUGAUAAAAAUGAAGAAGGCUCAAAUAAAUUCGAACGAAGAUCAAACCAAAAAGAGUAACAAAAAGGCAGCUACAACCAGUGUUAAACCUCGAGCUGCCAGAGAAUCUCUUAAAGAGUUCAAGGAGAGGAUGAAGAAAAAUGCUCAAAAAUCAGAUGAUAAAAUAGAAUUGUUUGGCAUGGAAGACUUUUACGCCAAGUCUACCAAUUCGAUAUCAAGCAUUAAGAAAGGAACAGGUAUAUGUUUUGAUGAUUUUAUGUCUCUACACAAGUGCAUUUGGGAUCCCGAGUACUCAGAGGGUCCACAACGUUAUUUUGCUGUUAUUAAUAGAUUAAAAGAAUUAGAUUUGAUUGAAAGAUGUGAACGUUUGAAACCAAAACAAAUAAAAAGGGAAAAUAUAGCUAGAGUUCAUCAUAAAGACUUGUAUUUACGUUUAAAGGAGAUUUGUGAUAUAAGAAACAGUUUGGAGUUGGAGAAAAAAGCCUCAGAAUAUGAUUCAGUUUACUUUAAUGAACACACGUUCGAGGCUGCUCUGUAUGCAGCUGGCUGUUGUCUUGUGAUAGCAGAGAACGUUUGUAAGGGUGCUAUAAAAAACGGGUUCGCAGUGGUCAGACCCCCAGGUCAUCACGCCAUGUACAACGAGUUCAGUGGCUAUUGUUACUUCAAUAACGUUGCCAUAACAGCUCAACAUCUCUUAGACCAAAAUCUAGCUCAGAGGAUUUUAAUUAUAGAUUUUGACGUCCAUCAUGGACAAGGAACUCAACAAACAUUUUAUAAUGAUAAUAGGGUGCUCUAUUUUUCUAUACAUCGUUACGAGAAUGGUACCUUUUGGCCCAAUUUGAGGGAAUCUAACUUCGAUUUCGUAGGGGAUGGUAAUGGGAGGGGGUAUAACAUAAACGUACCUCUGAAUGAAACGGGAUUGGGAGACGAUGAUUACUUGGCAAUUGUACUGCAAAUUUUACUUCCUGUGGCCUAUGAAUUCCAACCUAAUUUGAUAAUUGUCUCUGCUGGUUUUGAUUCUGCGAUUGGUGACGAAAAGGGUAUGAUGUUGACCACGCCCGCCUUUUACGCUCACCUGAUAUUCCUCCUAUCUGGACUGGCUGAAGGCAAGAUAGUCGUUUGUUUAGAAGGUGGGUACUUCCUUCCCUCCCUAGCAGAAGGAGCGGCAAUGACGUUACGUUCUCUCCUCGGCGAUCCACCACCCACUUUAGCGCCCACAAAGAAACCAAAAGAUAGUACCAUUGAUGUCAUUAACAACAUCAAAUUCGUUUUGAAAUCUUAUUGGAACUGUUUUCGCCCUUUCGAAGUCGUUUCGACAGCUGGCGAAGGGGCGGAGGUUCACAAGGUGUGUGUGGAACACCUGGACGCACCGCCUGUGCCUCCCUAUCCAACUAGGGCGUGUUAUCCGGUAGCGGAGGAGGGGUACAACGUCAAAUAUACAGAGGCGGUGGAAAAAUUAAAGGAAGAAUACGGUUGUAAGUACAAUCAGGGGGUUUGUUACUGUUAUGACGAUGAAAUGUUGCUCCAUAAGACGAAGAGGGAAGACGGUUACGAAGAGCCUAUUCGACUCAGGACACUUUAUGAAAGGUUUAAGGAAUUCGGACUUGACAGUCGGUGCAAAAGGAUUGAUGUAAAAUUGGCGGAUUUGGAAGUCUUGCAAAAGACUCACGGGAACGAGUACGCGAAAAAUAUAGUAGAGGGGGCUUUCAAGGAGGUGAACAUGUCCAAACGCGACAUCUACACGUGCGACGAUUCAACGAAAAGUAUUUUAAAGUCGGCAGGCGGUUUACUCAGUGUCAUAGACGAAGUAAUGGCGGCGGAGAGCUCUUCGGGAUGCGGCGCCGCCUUUAUACGUCCCCCCGGACACCAUGCCGACCAUGGAAAGGCAAUGGGAUUUUGUUUCAUAAACAACGUAGCCGUGGCGGCCAAUUAUGUUCUGGACAAAUAUAAAUUGCAACGGGUGCUAAUUGUCGAUUUUGAUAUUCACCACGGUAACGGAACUCAGAGUUUGUUCUACGACAACCCCAAAGUCCUGUACCUAAGCGUCCAUAAGUACGACAACGGUAAUUAUUUUCCUCAAAGCGAAGACGCCAAUUUUGAUAGAGUGGGAAGGUAUGCAGGGGAAGGUUUUAACGUCAACAUACCCCUGAAUAAGGAAAAACACGGAAACUCAGAAUACUUGGCAAUUUUCCAUCGGAUAAUCCUCCCCAUUGCUUAUUCUUUCUCCCCUGAGCUCGUUCUUGUGUCUGCGGGCUUCGAUGCGGGGAUCCACGACCCCUUAGGUCAUUACAAGGUUACACCAGAAGCUUUUGGGCAUUUUAUUCAACUCCUCCACCCCCUUGCCCGAGGUAGAACAGUAUUAGCUUUGGAGGGGGGUUACAAUCCCACCACUCUCGCCUUCUCUAUGGUUAUGUGCGUCAAAGCGUUACUAGGAGACCCGCUACCCCCUCUAGACAAGACAGAUCUUAUCAACGGGUCUGCACAAGCAUCUAUAGAGGACGUUAUAAGGGUGCAAAAGGAGUAUUGGCCAGUUUUAGGGGUUGAUAAGAAGUUACCCAAUUACGUUGAGUAUCUGAAGGUGUUCGAUGGGGUGGAAACGUUGGAAAUUAGACGUCCCGAUCCGAGACUUCUUAACUGUGGAGUAGAAGAAUUAAAAAAGAGAUUGAGGAGGGAACAGGAUCGAGGCGAUAUGGACAGUGUCGUAGAAAAAUUGGAAAAGGUUACCUUGUGAAUAAAAUAAUGAUUUACAAUAAUACUCAACGCGUUUUUGACGGUCGGUUUCUUUUUUAUUAUUAUUUAUUAAUGACUGCAGUUU